AUGGAGCCCAUACCAAGCUUAUUAGAGUUUGACGAAUUAUACAAAGAGAAUUUAGAAUUAAAAAAACAAUUAAACCAACUAAAAAUUGAAAAUUCUCAGCUUAACACCGAUAAAGCUCACAUGAAAAAAAAUUUAGAAAAAGCAAGAUUAAUUAUUGUUGAACAAAGAAAAAAAAUUAUAUCUCAACAACCACAGUUAGAUAAUAAUGGAAAUCUAAUAUCAAAUAAUGUAACAUUACCAGUAUCAACAACCCAAACACCACUUUCAACUCCUUUAUAUUUUUCUACAUCUUCUUCUGUAAUUUCAUCACCUUCAUUUAAUAAUAAUAAUAGUAGUAAUAAUAGUUACAAUAAUAACAAUAAAAACAAUAUAAAUAAAUCUAAUGAAUCAAUUAUUAAUAUUGAUUCAUUGGACAGCAAAAAAGAUAAAAAUAAAAAAGAUGAAAGUAUUAAAAAAGAUAGUUAUUGUGAUAUUGAAAUGGGUCAGAGUCCAGUAGUUAGUUCUAAAGGUUCGCCAAUGAUAAAGAGUUUUUCACUACCAUCAAUUUAUAUACCAUUCUUUUCAAAACCAAAUAGUACCAGAGUAGAGUAUAUUGAAGAGGAAAUUAAAGAAAAUAAUAAUUAUAACCUAAGUAAUCCGAAUAAUAGCAGUUUAUCUGAUAAAAAACAAUUUACACCCACCACAUCAACAAUCUCAAGUGAAAUUUUAAUCUCUGAUAGUUCAAGUAUUGGAGGUUUUGAAGAAUUUUCAUCCACAUCAACACCAACUUCAGGAAUAUCAUCACCAAAUAAAUUAAAUAGAAGCAGUGGGGAAGUUAAUACCAACUUUGGGGUAAAUGGAAAUGGCAACAGUAAAAUUUUAAUGGAGACUAUUAAAAAUAUGAUUAAAAAAAAUAAAGAAGCUACAAAGCAACAAGACUCAAUAAUUAAAGGGUUACAAAGGGAACAAGAGACAUUAAAAGAGGUUAAUAGUUUCUAUAAAGAUAAAAUUGAAUCACUGGAAAAGAUAUUGAUUAAAAAUCAACAACAACAACAAUUACAACAACAACAAAAAAAUAACAUUAAUGGUCAGUUUUUAAAUUCACCUUCAAAAUUAUUAAACAAUAUCAGAUUGUCACCAAUAGAAACUUCAUUAAACAACCCUAGUAACAAUAGAAAUAAUAGCGAGGUUCAGUUAGAGGUAAUAGUAUUAUAG